AUAUAAUAGCCCCACCUAGCUUCCAUGUGUCACCUCCAAAACUCAAUACUGAAACCCAACACACAAAGCAAAUCCAAAACUGUGAAGCAGAAAGAACGUAACUUGUUAACGCUUUUCGGGAUUUUUAUUUUAUUUUUUAUUUUCAAAGGCACAAGCGUUGAGCUUUGGAUCUAUUUGGGGGGUGCCCAGGAAAAAAUCUUCAAAACCCAGGUUCAAAAUUUCUCCCUUUUUGGCAAAGUUGGAAACUUUUUGUUGUGGGCAAUGGUGAGAUGAGGAUUAAAAAGGAAGAAAAGAAGAAGAAUAAGAAGGUGGAAGAGGGUGUGACAUGGCAAGAGGGAAAUGGGUUUGUUCUUACAAGAAGAUCACCCUCUUUAUUUGCUUCUUCAACAUUGCCGUUGCACUCUUCUGUCUUCGCUCUCUCUAUGCUUCUAUCUAUAUCUACUCCGGUAGCGUUGGAAGGAACACUGUGUUGUAUAAACCAGAUCAGAUUCAGAAAAUGGAAGAAUCAGAGCGAAUCCGCAAGGCGCACAAACCAGUGGAGUUAGUAAAAUGGGUGAAGAAAUUUGAAGGGGAGUUUUCAAGUGAAACUGUGGCAGUUGAGUUGCCUCAGCAUUUGAAACAGAAAAUAGUUGAUGAGGUCCUGCAGAGACUAAGGAGCUUGAAUAGUAAUAGAACAAACAGUUCCGAUUCCCUUGGCAUUGAUAAGGAACGACAAGCAGUAGAAAACUGGCGCAAGGAAAGAUUGCAUGAGAUUAAGUUGGCCCUUGUUAGAGGGACUUCGAGCUCAAGCAUCAAUUUUGAAGAGGCAGGCAUACUAGCAAGAGCUUUGGAUUCUGGUUGGGAUACACUUUCCGAAGAAAUUGGCCUUUGGAUACCUGUUCAAGUAGCAAAUGAGGAACAUGAUGACAAACCAAAUGGUGCCGAGGAGUUUGAUGAGGAAGUUCUUCCAGGUAGGCCCCUUCCACCCGUGUGCAAUGCGGAACUUCACACAGAUUAUGGUGGCGAUGCAGUUCGAUGGGGUCUUACUCACCCCCAAGAUAGUGCAGCCGAUUGCUGUCAAGCUUGCUUGGACCAGGCUAAAAACGCCAAAGAAGGCGAAAAGAAAUGCAACAUUUGGGUUUAUUGUCCAUCAGAGUUUGGGUGUCAUUCUCCGGAUAUUUAUCAGCACAAACAUCAGGAAUGCUGGCUGAAAUUUGCUGAGAAACCGAAGCUGAACUUUAAGGAUAGGUAUCCGGAAUGGUAUCGAAAUUCGCAUCCGUCUGCACCCGUGAUUGUUCCGUGGGCCUCUGGAGUUGUUAGCGCAUGAGCCAAAUAGCUGAUGCCAAAUGUGACAAAAUCAACUGGGUCCAGCGCUACAGGCACAUAAAAGCUAGCUUAGGAAAGCCUUUGCCAUGCUUUGAGGAUCAUAGUAUGGUGUUGAUCAACAUAUUUUUGCCCCCUAUUUUUACAGUUAGAAAGAAAAUGAGAAGGGGAAGAGAGGGUUUUCCCCUAAUGGUGAUUUAGGACUAAGGUUUUGGUUAAAGUGAGUUCUAAUCACCGAGGCAAUGUGAGUUAAAUAGAUGAGAAAGAAGUUGUUUUUGUUGUGAUCAAUGUAUCUGGUAUUAUCAUUCAUUUAUCUGUGGGAUUUGAUUUAUAUUCAUCCCACUCAAAUAUAAUUCCUGCAAUUGGUAAUAUUGAUGGUCCAAUUCAUUUAUCUGUGUCUGAGUUUUGAUUUGAAGGGGCCAAGAAAGGCUUCAAGUGUAAACUGUAAAGUGAAAGCUUUUUAACU